CCUGGGCUGUAACCAUGACGGCGAGAAGAACACUUGCAGCGACAAGGACGGCUUCAUCAUGUCCGAGAGACCAGACAUCAACUCCACCAACCGUUGGUACUUCAGCCCCUGCUCCGCCAACUCCAUACGGGAGGAUCUGCUCAUUCUUGAAAAUGAUGGCGCCAACUGCCUGAAGGCAACUGCUAUCCAGAAGAAAAGUGCCCCACAGCUGGGAUCUCUCUACAACGCUGACAGACAGUGCAAGCUCAUGUUCAAGGAUGACGCCUACUUCUGUCGAGACUUCUACAGCAACAGCAGCGACUACCACAAGAUGUGUUCUUCCUUCUGGUGCUCGGAAACCCGCAACAGCUCCCAGUGUGUCAGUCACAUCGCUUCUGACGGCUUCCUCUGUGGAGACUCCAUGGUCUGUUCCAAGGGACAAUGCGUUAAAACAGAAGGAGCUCCCGAAGCACUGGACUUCUGCCCACAAGGCGACCAGCCUGACCUGGUGCACGAGCAGAUGACCUGUGAGGACUUGGUGCGCCUGGAGCCUUGGAAGUGUUACGACGAGUUCUACCGGCGGAAGUGCUGCGUGUCCUGCCAUGGCAUCAAACAGGAGGUCAAAGGCUGUGAAUACGGAGACCACACUGCAGCGUGCACCUCAAGCCUGGACAUACCUAUGGGAUGUUACGGGAACGAAGAGCUAUGUUGUGGCACGUGCGCUCUGCACAAGAACGCUUCGAACACAGGUUGUGAAUACGGAGACAAGAGUACAUGGUGUAGUGAGAAGCUCGUUGCUCCUAGUGGUUGUUACCUGAACGAGGAGCUCUGUUGUGGAACGUGUUCUGGGGCCAAGAGACUGGACAAUGCAGACUGCAAGUACGGGGACAAGCAGGCGUGGUGCUGGAAGCUGACACUGACCUACGAUGACGCGGAAUGGUGUCCCCUGGACAAGGAGAAUGACCACUGCUGUGGGAGUUGUCGGCUAAACCAAACGGCAGUGCCAGUGUUUGGCUACCGACUGCGCGAGGAAGGUCUAGAGCAAGUGACGCGCCUGGGAAAUAUGUUUAAAGCCGAGGUACGAGCCGCUGUAGAGAAGCAGAAACAAGAAGAGAAAGCCAAAAAGGCGCGCGAGGAAGCCGACAAAGCCAAGGCCGACAAAGCCAAGGCGGAGGGGCAAGCAGACGGCUCUGCAGCUUCCGGUGAUGGCGAUACAUCGUCGGCUGACAACGCUGGAAGAACCACCUCUAGACGUCCGGCGAGAGCUGCGACUGACGACAGCAGAGGUCAAACAGAUGCCACUGUGGCGUGAGCGAGCUCUUCAGCAGGAGGAGUGAAGAAAGAAUUCUGAAUGUGCUCAAUGACAUCCUUAAGGCACUGUGGUGAAAUCAGGCGAUUAUCAAAUAAUGCUAUCGAAGAAACCAGCUUUUAAUUUUUUUCCCGCUCGCUGGCCAAUUUAUAUGGAUUUUUAACAUUUCUUUUUCUUUUUGGCUCAUCACCUUUUAUGUCAGCUUAGAAGCACAUUUAUGUGUGAGUUUAACCGAAAAACGUUGAUCAAAGGCAUACCAAAAAAAAACCCACGCAAAUUUGCAGUUUCAUAGGACACUCAGCAUUUGGAAAAUGCCAAGCUUUGGCGGCCAUUUUCUCACUAACAUUACCUUUAAUACCAGGCGACCUUCAAUUGCAAAUGUCUCGACUUCUAUUUAAAGAAGAAGGGUAUUUUUUUCAUCAUAACUAAGACAUAUCAACAAGCUUUAAGAUGACACCAAGAAUUCUGUAGGGCCUAAAACUGACGAGCCUGAUUCCUCCGUGUCGUGACACAUCCAUGAAACUUCACAGCUCACAGGGUAUCUUUCGAACAUCAGCUGUUUCUCUUUGGAGCUCUGAUACUCACUCAGCUGAACAGUUAACAAUGUCUAUAUUUUUCUAACGGUAUGCAUGUACAAAUAAAAUGUUUCAAUCAAAUCAAGUGCAUUUUUCAAGGUCGAUGGUUUCUUAUUUAGUCUUUUAAUCUAGAAAACUAGCGGUUAAAUUCUUAAACAAUUACUUUCUUCAUGAAUGCUUCAUGGCUUCAACUUUGCUGGCCUCAAACUAAAAUUCCUUAAAAAAAAAUUUUAACCUGACCUUUACUUGACUUCAUUAAUAUUUUUGUUUGUUUUCCUUGUUCUGCAUUGCUUGGUUCUAAUAAUAAAACUAAUGUCAGCCCGGCA